CGCGCGCCUUAUUUCACUUUGCUUUGUCUGUUUAAACCUCUGUUUCGUUGAUUCUCAAUCAUAUCUUUUCGAUUCUACUAUAGAUAUACUUUCAGGUGUACAUGUGUGUUUGUAUAUAUGGAGGAGAGAAAUAUUUGGAUAUGAUAGUAUAAUUUAUCCAACUAGAAGUUCUAGUGCUUGAGUUAUGCCAAGCUACGCAUGAUGCUGUUACACAAAUUAUAUGCCGUAUACAUCUAGAGGUCUCACCCUAUCAUGGAAAGAACCAACCAGUUUCAGAAGUUCUUGGGACGAAACUCACAUUGAUUCAUGCAGAUUCCUUUUAAAUCUCUUGAACAUUUGGCCAGCCGUGGUCAUUUGCUCGAUGCCUUCAAAACCUUUUCUCUUCUUCGUCUUCAAUCUUCUUAUUCUUAUGCAGUUUCAAGUGAUCUCGUUCUGCACUCGGCUGCUUCCCUUUUAUCCGCCUGCAUCGAUGUUCGUGCAUAUGUGUCAGGGCUGCAAAUUCAUGCUUACUGUAUUUCGUCCGGAGUUGAAUAUCACUCUGCUUUAGUACCAAAGCUGGUUGCGUUUUACUCUGCCUUUAAUCUGCACAGUGAAGCUCAGUCGAUUAAUGAGAACUCACACAUUUUGCAUCCCUUGCCUUGGAAUGUACUCAUCUCUUCGUAUGCCAAGAACGAGCUAUUUGAGGAGGCUGUUGCUGCUUAUAAGAGAAUGGUGAGAAAGGGAAUUCGACCCGAUGCCUUCACUUAUCCAUCUGUUCUCAAGGCCUGUGGUGCAACAUUAGAUUUUGCUUCUGGAAGGGUGGUUCAUGGAUCAAUAGAGGUUAGCUCUUAUAAGUCCAGCUUAUACAUUUGUAACGCAUUGAUUUCUAUGUAUAAAAGGUUUCGAAAAGUGGGUAUUGCUCGGAGGUUGUUUGAUAGAAUGUCUGAAAGGGAUACUGUCUCUUGGAAUGCAGUAAUAAGCUGUUAUGCGUCAGAAGGCAUGUGGAGUGAAGCGUUUGAGCUUUUUGAUAAAAUGUGGUUUUCAGGUGCAGAAGUCAGUGUCAUAACUUGGAAUAUUAUUUCUGGAGGUUGUUUGCAUACAGGAAACUAUGUAGGAGCGUUGGGUUUGGUCUCUAGGAUGAGACAUUUCCCAGCGAGCUUAGAUCCCGUGGCUGUGAUUAUUGGUUUGAAGGCUUGCUCACUCAUAGGAGCAACAAGACUGGGGAAAGAGAUUCACGGUUUUGCAAUUCGCAGUUUAUAUGAUGGGAUUGAUAAUGUUCGAAACACAUUGAUCACAAUGUACUCGAAAUGUGAUGACCUUAGGCAUGCCUUUAUAGUGUUCCAACAGAUUGACGAAAAUAGUUUAUGUACGUGGAACUCUAUCAUUUCCGGCCAUGCGCAACUGAACAGAUCAGAAGAAGCCUCUUAUCUGCUGAGGGAGAUGAUGAUCGCUGGCUUUCAGCCGAAUUCUGUUACACUUGCUAGCAUUCUCCCUCUGUGUGCUCGAAUUGCAAACCUGCAGCAUGGGAAAGAGUUUCAUUGCUACAUCCUAAGGCGCAAGUGCUUCAAGGACAAUACAAUGCUUUGGAACUCCCUUGUUGAUGUUUAUGCAAAAUCGGGAAAAAUCGUAGUUGCAAAGCGAGUAUGUAAUUUUAUGAGCGAAAGAGACGAAGUAACAUUCACGUCACUGAUAGAUGGAUAUGGAAUUCAGGGUGAAGCGAGAGUUGCAUUGGCCCUGUUCGAGGAGAUGAUCAGAUCCGGAAUUAAACCUGACCAUGUAACCAUGGUUGCAGUUCUAUCAGCUUGCAGCCAUUCCAAGUUAGUCCAUGAAGGCCAUAGGCUGUUUAUGAAGAUGGAGUGUGAAUUUGGUAUACGCCCUUGCCUUCAACACUUUUCUUGUAUGGUUGAUCUCUAUGGCAGAGCAGGUCUUCUGGUGGAUGCCAGAGACCUAAUUCACAAAAUGCCAUACGAGCCAUCUGGUGCCACGUGGGCUACUCUACUGAACGCAUGUCAUAUCCAUGGGAACACAGAGAUUGGUAAAUGGGCAGCAGAAAAGCUACUGGAGAUGAAGCCAGAUAACCCGGGAUACUAUGUGUUGAUUGCAAAUAUGUAUGCAGCUGCUGGUUCUUGGAGCAAGCUUUCUGAAGUGAGGACUAUCAUGAGGGACUUGGGGGUGAAAAAAGAUCCUGGUUGUGCUUGGAUCUAUACAGAUUUUGGGUUUUCAUUAUUUUCGGUGGGUGACACAUCAAGCCCUCAAUCAUGUGAUACUUAUCAUCUGUUAGAUGGACUGAAUCAGCUGAUGAAAGACACUGCUGCCAUCAAUGAGCAAAUUUCAGAUGAAGAACUUCUUCAAGAAAUAGGAUGAA